AGAAGCGCGGAAGCGAAUGCGAAUAUCUCCGUUGCAACAGCUGGGAAAUGGCCGCAUGCUACCCCGCCUUCUACCUCGCACGGGUCCUUAGCGUGGACGACAUGAAGAAGCACUUGCGGUACAAUGAUACGCCGCUGCACGUCGCGGCAAAAAAAGCACUGCCCAUCGCCGUCUUUAAGACGCUCCUUGCCCGAGACGACAUUGAUAUCAACGGUGUCACAACGGAAGGCGAGACCGCACUGAUGAUCGUGGCCGACAAUGGACAACUCGACCACGUGGAGCUGCUGAUCGACCAUGGGGCCAACAUUGAUCUCGCCGACUUGAGACACCGCACAGCGAUAGUACGCGCAGGUCACAAAGGCCAUCGUGCUGUAGUCGAACGCCUCUUGGAGCUCUUUGCAGACAUGCCCGUUGUCAAAGAGCACCGUGCGUAUUUUGGCGACGACAUCCACGCGCUCUUGGUGAAGGAAAUCGAGCUGCGCGACAACUCGCCGGCGUAUCGUGAGCAUCUCGCGCGACGUCUCGUGACCAAGACGACGCACGAGGUCUUUUCAAAGCAUGGGUUUUCAGAACCCAUCGAGUGCAGCCCGGCAAUCGCCACCUUGUUUCUUGACGACUGCGUUUGCAUGAGUCGCCACGACGCGACGUUCACCAAGCUCGACCUCGUGUACGGUCUUGAAUGCCGAUCCAGCGCCCUUCACACGAUCCUGAAUCUGAAUCUCAAGGACCCCGACGAGACGUUUGCGGCCCAAAAAGCAUGCUUGGAGCAUGUCGUUUUUCGCCGGCUCCUCGAGAUCAAGUGGGAACUCUUUGGCCGGCGCAUGUAUGUCGAGCGACUGCUGAUGCACCUCUUGUUGCUGGUGACGAUGACGAUAUCGUCCAUUCUCUUUGGUGACGCGCCGUCGUCGUCCACGAGCUACGGUCUCGGGCUCACGGCAGCUCUUUUGGUUGCUCUCGGAUUUAUUGCUGCACAAGGUCUCCGGCCGCGACAGUUUGCUCGCCUCGCGGCCAAGAUGCCGUCCGAACGGCACGUGCGAUGGUGCCUGGUAGUGUGCACCGUCGUUCUUACAGCGACACUGGCGGUUGUACUUUUACACUUAGCAGACGAGCUCCACAUCGAAGCAUGGUUCUCUCUAUUCAACAACGCCGUGCUGGCAGCUACGACCGUGUACUUUAUCAUCAACGAGGUGCACGAGAUCAAAGCCAUCGGUACCAGCAAGUACAUUUCCUCGCCCAUGAACGUCGUGCAGCUGGUUUGCUACGGUCUCAUUUUCGGUCUCUUCGUGCCGAUGAAACUCGAAUGGCUACCGGUCUCGACUCAAGUUCAAGUUGGUUUUGGUGCGCUGCUCAAUUUGGUGCUCUGGGUCUUUUCGCUGCAGUUCUUGGAGGUCGUCUCGUCCGCCAGCUACCUCCUUCCCAUGAUGACGCACCUCUUUGGCGACAUUUCAAACUUUUUCCUCAUUUUCGGUAUUUUCCAAAUUGGCUUGACGCUCAUCUUUUACCAGCUGUUUGUGCUCUCACCGGACGCCGCGUUCAGUUCGCUUGGUCAGUCGUUCAUGUCGACGUACUUUGUCACAUUUGGCCAAGUCCCUCUGAGCUCCCUCGACACGUUUACCAACACCACGGACGUCUCGGAAUCCUACGACACAUUGUACAUCGGCACGGCGAUCCUCAUGAUGGCGCACUCGGCCAUCAUGGUCGUUGUCCUGCUCAACGUCUUGUUGGCGAUGAUGAACCAGACAGUCGAAGGCAGCCUCGCAAACGCCAAAGCGCAAGCGUUGAUCAGCUACGCGCAAUCGAUCCUGCGACUCGAAGGCGCCAUGAACCUCAGCGAGAAAGACACGAUUGAGCUCACGCACCUCGUCGACGCAGAUGGAACGCUUGUGCUGCACCCGAUUUUCACAAAGAGUGUUCCAAAGGCGGCGCUGGGAAUAUCAUCGGAGCAAGCGGAUGCCCUGCUGGAAAUGACAAGUCGCCGAGUUUCCUGGAGCGAGCACAUGGACGCUCUGGACAAGAUCGUCGAGCAUCAGAUGACCUUUGCCUGCAACAGCUUGCUGCAUGUCGGUCACUUUACCGAUUUGGACGCGCCCACGGUUUUUGCCGUCGAGCUGACUGUCCUUACGUCCAAGCAGAAGGCUAUCAAGGAGGCGAUUGAGUUGGCGCGUCGUAGCCGCGGACAGUUCAAAGAUUGCGUGCUCCACAAGCUCAGCGAUCGCGUGUUCAAGGAGCUUCGUUUGUGCAAGGCGCAGAUCGCCGAUCUCUGGCGGCGCGUUGACGAGACCGAGCCAAUGGACGACCAUGGCCACUGCGUUCUUCUUUUCCAGCUCAACCAACGCGUGUCAAUCGACGUGCAUCUGACGACCAUGGCGGAAGCCAUCAUGCGUGCAAUCGCACAUGUGGCCAAGCUUGAGCUCACACCACAAGCCGAUGAUGACGCUAAGGCUACGUCAGCAAGUUCAGCAUCGACGCCGCCAGCCCCCGAACCUUUGACAAAGGAGGUGGUGCGACUACAGCAAGAAUUGACGGCGCUCAAGGACACCACGGAGAAGAAAUUCGCAGAGCUCAAGACACGCGAGGAGAUGAUGAUGACAGCACUCGCGGCCGCCAAGGACAAGGAAAUGGCCGAGCUAAGGGCCGACAACCAAGCGAUUGCGGCCAAGCUGGACACGGUUCUAAAGAUUCUGGCACGAAACACGCUUAACACGGCAGUAGUAGUAGACCCUUGAUCAUAAUCUCUGAUUGUACUCGUUCA